AUGCAGUACAAUGAUUCCGAAUUCAUCGAUAUUCCUCAUAUCCUGCACCUGUUGCAUGGUACCUGGACCAAGCUUCAUUCCGUUGCUGGAGGCACACCCUCAGUUCUCCGUCAAACCACGGCGGGCCCAGAGCGUGUGUUCAGUGGCGGUGAGGCGGAGGGAAUUCCAGUACGAGUUGCUGGUUUCUAUGACGAACCAACUCCUAGGAUGCAUCCACAUCCUCAGGGUUCCGGGAAUACCAAUUUGUGA